AUAUUUAUAUAUAUACAUACAUAGCACACUUUGGGGGUAACGUUCUUUGUUAACCUCGCUCUCUCUCUUACUCCCUACUCCGUCAACUCUAGAGAGAGAGACACACAUAUAUAUAUAUUUAUAUUUGUAUUUACAGAUACGUAUAGAUAUAGAGAUUAAGGAGAGGAAGAAGAAGGUAUAGCCAUUGUUUCAAUUCAGAGACAGUGAGUAGAGUUGGAAUCCCAUUCCAUAUGAGAUAAAAUUUGAAAAGAAUUAAAUUAAAAUUAAUAAUAUUAUUAUAAAUAAAACAAUAAAGAGUGAAAAAUGGUGGCGGUGACCCAGAACGCCACGUGUACCUGAGGCAGAGGUUUUAGUUCGUUGGGGGGAGAGAGAGACUAGAGAGGAGGAGAGGGGAGGGGGGUUCGAAAAGGGUGUGUUGUAACGGGUCUUUUGUGAUUGGUUCGAUUUGAUUUAGAUUGAUUGGUGAGAUGGGCUCGAGCCCAAUUGUGGGUGGGCCGGGCGGUUGCGGAGGCGGCUGUGCUGGUAACGGUGUGGGUGUGGGUGGGAGCGGAGGUGGCGGCGGAGGCGGCGGAGGGGGUGGGAGUAAUGGUUCAAGCGGUGGGAGUUGCUGCCAUAUGAGCCUUAAGUGCUGGUGUAGAUGGAGAUGGGAACAGCAGCAGAGAUGGUGGCUGUUCUCCUCAUCGGGAUUUAUCUUCUUCAUCGGUUGCUUGGUCUUGUUCGGAUCGUUUGCUACACUUUAUGCCCGGUUCGCAUUCACGCCGGGAUUCCGUACCGGCAUGGCUACCGCCUCGCUAGGGUGUCAGGAGGACAAUGAGGGUUCAUGGUCCGUUGGUGUCUUUUACGGUGACUCACCCUUUUCUCUCAAGCCAAUCGAGGCUAUGAAUGUAGGGAACGAUGAAAGUGCCGCUUGGCCGGUUGCCAACCCUGUCGUGACGUGUGCUUCAGUUUCUGAUGCUGGUUUUCCUAGUAAUUUCGUUGCUGAUCCUUUUCUUUAUAUUCAGGAUGAUACCUUUUAUCUGUUUUUUGAGACCAAGAACUCAAUAACUAUGCAAGGGGACAUUGGCGUUGCAAAAAGCACUGAUGGAGGAGCAACAUGGCAGCAAAUGGGUAUAGCUUUGGAUGAAGAAUGGCAUCUUUCAUAUCCCUAUGUCUUUGAAGAGCUUGGCGAGAUUUAUAUGGUGCCUGAAAGCAGUGAGAAAGGAGAACUUCGUCUGUAUCGUGCACUCAAAUUUCCUCUGCAAUGGAAACUGGAAAAAGUCAUAUUGAAGAAACCUCUUGUUGAUUCAUUUAUCAUCAAGCAUGAUGAAAUGUAUUGGCUCUUUGGUUCUGAUCACAGCGGUUUUGGAACCACAAAGAAUGGAGAGUUAGAAAUUUGGUAUAGUAGCUCACUUCUUGGUCCUUGGAAACCACACAGGAAAAAUCCUAUAUAUAACUCUGAUGCAAGCUAUGGGGCUCGCAAUGGAGGGAGACCGUUUUUGUACGAUGGAAACCUUUAUCGUGUUGGUCAAGACUGUGGUGAAACAUAUGGAAGACGAGUUCGUGUCUUCAGGGUGGAUGUUCUUACAAAAGAUGAUUAUAAAGAAGUUGAAGUUCCUUUAGGCAUCUCUGAGUCAAGCAAGGGUCGGAAUGCUUGGAAUGGUGCUCGAUACCAUCAACUUGAUGUUCAAAAGCUAAGUAAUGGAAAGUGGAUUGCAGUAAUGGAUGGGGAUCGAGUUCCUUCUGGAGAUGCAGUUCGGCGGUUUAUUGUUGGUUGUAAUUCAGUGGCACUUGCUCUCCUACUCAUUGCAUUGCUGGGUUUGUUGACUGGAGCUGUGAAAUGUAUCAUUCCUCUAAACUGGUGUACUCACAAUUCAGGAAAGAGAAGUGAUGCAUUAUUGUCCUGGGAAAGGUCUUAUUUGUUUUCUUCGAAAGUGAGACGGUUUUGCAGCCGCUUGAACAGAGCAGCUUCAUACCUCAGAUGUAGGAUUAAACUUAAUACAUGUACUGGAAGACUUGUUCUGGCAGUAAUUUUUGUAGUUGGAAUUGUACUGAUGUGCACAGGGGUUAAAUAUAUAUAUGGGGGGAGUGGUGCAGAAGAAGCUUACCCGUGGAAAGGUCAGUACUCACAGUUCACUAUGUUAACAAUGACCUAUGAAGCUCGGCUUUGGAAUUUAAAAUUGUAUGUGAAGCACUAUUCCAGAUGCUCUUCGGUCAAAGAGAUUGUUGUUGUAUGGAACAAGGGAGUACCCCCUAAAGUCAGUGAUUUUGACUCAACAGUACCUGUUAGGAUCAGAGUUGAGAAAGAGAACUCGCUGAAUAAUCGAUUCAAGAUGGAUCCACUGAUAAAUACCAGAGCUGUUCUUGAGCUUGAUGAUGACAUUAUGAUGAGCUGCGAUGAUAUCGAACGUGGAUUCAAUGUAUGGCGUCAACACCCAGAUCGCAUCGUGGGGUUCUACCCUCGACUUGUUAAUGGAAGCCCAUUGAAAUAUAGGGGUGAACGUUAUGCGAGAACUCAUAAAGGGUACAACAUGAUCCUUACAGGGGCAGCUUUCAUUGAUAGUAAAAUAGCUUUUAGGAGAUACUGGAGUGAAGAAGCUAGGGAAGGUAGAGAAGUGGUAGACAGAUACUUCAACUGUGAAGAUGUGCUAUUGAAUUUCUUGUAUGUAAAUGCAACUUCGGGUAGGACAGUAGAUUACGUGAAACCAGCUUGGGCUAUAGAUACAUCCAAGUUGUCUGGUGCUGCAAUUAGCCGAAACACGAAGGUGCACUACCAGAAAAGAAGCGACUGCUUGCUCAAAUUUUCAGAGAUGUACGGUAAUUUGGCUGCACAUAAGUGGGAAUUUGAUGGCAGGAAGGAUGGUUGGGAUGUAUAGUGAUAACAUUACUACUUCACUCACAAUCUUCUUGUUUAUCCUUCUAUACUUCUGGUAAGGUUUUAGUCUUCUUUUUUCUUUUUUCCCCCUUUGUCUAUACACUUAUUUUUUCUUUCUUUCUUUCCCUCACUUGUGAAUUUGAGUUGGGGAUUUUGGUUUUAAUAGUUUUUGGUCGUUGAGAUGUACAUUGGUGUUGUUCAACUUCAAGGUUUCCUCUUUUAACUUUUUUUAAUGGAAAUUAAUUCUAGCGUGGCUGUUAAAAUCUC